CUCUCAUUCCUCCGCUUUAAUGCGCUCUCUCUCUCUUUCUCUCUCCUCUGCUGCGAUUUCAAGUCUCAAAAACCUUCGAUUUCUCCCACAAAUCCACAAAACGAGUACGGAUUAGGGCUAAUCGGAGCUCAUUUUCCGCCAUUAAUGGCAAUCGAGUCGAACCCUGGAGCACCGCCGCGUAACUUUCUGUGAGGAAUCGCGAGUGCGCUAUCAGAGAGAUGCCAUACAAUUCAAUAUUGGUUGCUUUCAUUACUUGAGACAUUAGACCAACUCUUUUUCCUCCAUCUCCGCAACUUUACAACAAGCUUGAAGUUAUUGUUCAGUUUCCUCUUCUGUUGUUCAAACAUUUUGCCAUGAGACACCAUGACCUAAGAUACUUUAUUUUCAUUUUGCUGCCCAUAGUUUUCAUCCUCUCUUGCUUUUUCCCUACUUCCGCUGCUGACAUAAAUUCAGAUAAGCAAGCCCUCCUUGCCUUCGCUAAUUCAAUCCGCCAUGGCCGCAAACUAAACUGGAAUUCCAAUAGCCCAAUCUGUUCUUCUUGGCUUGGGAUCAAAUGCACACCAGACCAAUCCCGUGUCCUCGCCCUAAGGCUACCAGGGGCUGGGCUUGUUGGCCCAAUUCCUCCAAAUACACUUAGCAAGCUUGAUGCUCUUCAAAUCUUAAGCCUUCGAUCCAACCGCCUUACUGGGAGUAUUCCACUUGACAUCUUCUCACUUCUUUCUUUGCAAUACCUUUACCUUCAACACAAUAAUCUAUCAGGAGAUAUACCAUCUUCGCUUCCUUCCGGACUUAACACGCUUGAUCUCUCCUCUAACUCUAUUACAGGAGAAAUUCCUGCUGGAAUUAAAAAUCUCUCCAAACUUUCGAUACUUAAUCUGCAGGAUAAUUUGCUUUCAGGACCAAUCCCUAACCUUAAUCUCCCAAACCUGAAGCGUUUGAAUCUAAGCGACAACAACCUAAACGGUUCUAUCCCUGUCUCUCUUCAAAAGUUCCCUCAAGAUUCAUUCUUGGGUAAUGUUCAACUGUGUGGCCCCCCUCUAUCUCAGUGUUCUGCAGUUCUCCCUUCACCUUCUCCUUCUCUUUCUCCUUUGGCACCCACACAAGAACCGACGAAAAAGGUCCCCAGGAAAAGAAUUAGUGCGGGCUUCAUAAUUGCGAUUGUUGUCGGGGGAUUGGCUCUUCUUCUUUUACUUGCAGUUGUUGUAAUACUAUGCCUUUCAAAGAGAAAAGGUGAAGAAGGUACUGGAGAUUUGAAGCAGAAGGCACUGGAAAAACCUAAAGAGGAAUUCAGUAGUGGAAUUCAAGUGGCCGAGAGGAACAAGUUGGUUUUCUUCGAGGGGUGCACGUACUCAUUUGAUUUGGAAGAUUUAUUAAGAGCUUCUGCAGAAGUGCUCGGAAAAGGAAGCUAUGGGACUGCUUAUAAAGCAAUACUUGAGGACGGCACUACAGUGGUGGUGAAGAGGUUAAAGGAAGUUGUGGUGGGGAAGAGAGACUUCGAGCAGCAGAUGGAGAUCAUAGGGAGAGUUGGGCAACACCCGAAUCUUGUUCCUCUUCGUGCUUAUUACUAUUCAAAGGAUGAGAAGCUUCUGGUUUAUGAUUAUGUUACCACCGGCAGCCUCUCAAGCUUGUUGCAUGGUAACAGCGUUGCUGAAAAGACCCCGUUAGACUGGAAUGCUAGGGUGAAGAUCAUACUCGGAACGGCACAUGGCAUCGCGCACAUCCAUUCCCAAGGCGGCCCAAAAUUCUUCCACGGCAACAUCAAAUCGUCAAACAUCCUCCUCAACUCUGACCUUGUACCCUUCAUCUCGGACUAUGGUCUCAGCCCUUUGAUGAACCCUCCUUUCAAUACUUCUUGUGUUGUGGUGGGCUAUCGUGCACCUGAAACCCUCGAAGCCCGAAAAAUCACCCAAAAGUCCGACAUAUACAGUUUCGGGGUCCUGCUCCUCGAAAUGCUGACUGGGAAAUCUCCGCUGCUUCAGUCGCAAGGGCAUGAUGACAUACCAGAUUUGCCGAGGUGGGUACAGUCUGUGGUUCGAGAGGAGUGGACUGCCGAAGUGUUCGAUGUUGAGUUGAUGAAGUAUCAAAACAUAGAGGACGAGAUGGUUCAGAUGCUACAGAUCGCAAUGGCGUGCAUUGCUAGAGUUCCAGACCAACGGCCGAGGAUGGAGGAAGUGAUCAGGAUGAUUGAGGAAGUCCGGCAGGGUGGGUCAGAGGGCCGGCCAUCGUCGGAAGACAAGUUCAAAGAGGCCAAUGCAUGAACUACAUGAAGAGUUGAGAUCAAUGGCGUUUCAUUUCGGAAAAAAUCUGACAAAUUGAUCUUCAUUAAUCAAUCAAAAACGCGAGUCCAAAAGCGGUAAAAGUUUGGCUCGAGAAAGUGUUGUAGAGCCCUUAUCAUUGUUUGCUUAUUGUUAGGCUUGAUGCUUGUAGAACAACUUUGGUAGUUUUAGAUGAGUACUUCAAUUUUUCAAUUCUCUGUCAUCUUAUCUA